AUGGGCGUCGAGAAGAAGACUUUGAAGGAGGGAAAUGGCGUUGACUACCCUAAGAAGGGUGAACACGUCUCUAUCCACUACACCGGCUGCUUGUAUGACGAAAGCAAAGCCGACAACCACUACAUGGGCGCCCAGUUCGACAGCUCCCACAACCCCGGCCGUGGUCCUCUCGCUACCCCCAUUGGCGUCGGUCGUCUCAUCCGCGGCUGGGACGAGGGUGUUCCCCAGAUGUCUCUCGGCGAGAAGGCUAUUUUGACUAUCAGCUCUGACUACGGCUACGGCGACCGUGGUUUCCCCGGUCUCAUUCCUGCCAACUCUAAGCUUGUCUUCGAGGUCGAGCUUCUCAAGGUUGGCACCAAGAGCGUUUAA